AUGUCAAUUACAUUGAAGUCACACUUAAAAGUUCUUAAACAACAAUAUGAAAAUUAUAAAGCUGAUUAUGAACUUCUUGAACAAUAUUUUUCAGGAAAAGAAUUUAAUGGGUGUUUCCCUAAAAUCCUUUUAGAUCAAUUAAAAAAUCAACAUAAAGGACAAGAUGAAAUUGAACUAUUAGUUGAAACAUUAAAACCAUUAGUUUGUAUUGGAUCAUGUUAUGCACUUUGUAAACCAUCACAAUUUCCAGUAGGUGGAUGUUGUUAUUGUAAAGAAAGUGGAAAUGCAUAUAUUGGAUUUAAUAUGGAAUCAGCAGGACAUUGGAUUGGAUAUUCAGUUCAUGGAGAACAAUGUACAACAAAUAAUGCAUUGAUUCAUGGAGAAAAGAAAAUUGAUUUAUUAGUAAUUAGUUAUACACCAUGUGGACAUUGUA